GAAGUGAAGCGUGAUUUUUUUAAUCAGAGGGUGAGAGGGUGGUCAUUAUCAGGUUAGUUUUUAGUGACGUUAACUGUAGAUCCACUCUCAAAGUCAAGCCCAUAAAAAGUUUACUACAGUAUUCUGGAGACUACAAGUGAAAAUGUGCCCCGACCCGAAAAGUGUCUCAGCCCGCUGCUUAAGUGGAAUUAACUGCCAUCAAUAAAAGCAAGUUGGAAACAUAACUAAAAACUGGUCUGUUCACUUGGUGUUAACCGGCCUUUUAAACUGUCUCUCUCCCUUGUGAGGCUAAUUAUCCAAUCGUCUACUUGCCUUAUAAUAACACUGUAAAACGUUUGUCGGAGGCUGGGCAUGGCUGUGUGUCACUGAAGCUCUGCCACCAGCACAUGGAUUUUACGCACUGUUAAAUGUCUUUAUUGGCUCCUCUCUCAUCAAACAUGAAGAUCGCUGCGUUCAACGCUCAAAGGUUUGGACUCACAAAGGUCUCGUAUGAAGACGUCCUGUCAACGCUGGUUAAGAUCGUGUCUCGAUACGACAUCAUAGUUAUUCUCGAGGUCGUGGACGUGACCGGAGAUUCUGUCAAAGUGCUGCUGGAAGAACUGAACAGGGUGAACACUAUCCAUCACUACGCCCUGCAGCUGAGUACCCGUCUGGGAAGAAACAGAUACAAGGAACAGUUCCUGUUCCUCUACAGGGACGACGUGGUCGACCUGAUCGACUGCUAUCAGUAUGAAGACGAACAGGUGAACGACGUGGACGUUUUCGAAAGGGAGCCAUACAUUCUCUACUUCAAACCUCGCAACACAGUGCUGAAGAAUAUAGUGCUGGUCCCGGUGCACAUCACACGAUGGGACUCAGAGAGAGAGCUGGACGAGCUGUACGAGGUCUUCCUGGCGGUCAAAGACAAAUGGAAGACGGAUAAUAUAAUGAUCCUGGGGGACUUCAAGGCAGACGGUGCGUAUGUCACCGAUAAGGAAAUGAAGGAGAUCCGUAUUCGGAGCGAUGAGAAUUUCCACUGGCUGAUCGGCGAUGAUGUGGACACCACCUCCAGGACAACUAACGAACACACCUACGACAGGAUCGUUGUGUACGGUGACGACAUGCUGGCAGCCAUCGUGCCGAACUCAGCAAAGCCUUUCAACUUCAGGAAAGAGUUUGAUCUGACGGACGAGAUGGCCCUCAGAGUGAGUGAUCGCUACCCCGUGGAAGUAGAGUUAUGCAGCGCACCUCCUUUCUGGAUGACAAAGAGCAACCAAAAAUGUACAGUUGUACACACCCAGCGAGCUUCACGAAAAAGACCCGCCACAGAAAGUUUGGAGACUGACGUGUUGACUCUGAAGAAAGCAAACCUCCUCCUGGAGCAAGAGAAACUGCAGCUUGAGAUCUCGUUGUUAAAGCAUCAGGUUACACAAAAUAAUUAGAAGGUCUCAAACGCUAUUGGUCUCACUAAAAUGUUUGUUGUUGUUGUUUUUGUGACAAUUUGUAUGGUUACUUUGGGAAAUAAAUAAAUAGUUUCGCACAUUUA